GAGGCAUUUUGCCAGUGGUCCCCUCACUUAACUGCGAUCUUAGGUUUGCUUAAUUUGGAAGUCCCGGAAGCUCUGCGUUCUCUGCGCAAUUGACUGACAGGGUGGCUGGGUACCGCGGCAGAAGCAGGGACGAAUCUUGCCCUGGAUAUUACAAAAGCGAAAAAAAACACAAAGCCAGACAGACAGCCGGGAAUUAAUAGUGAUCUGUCAUCGAAGGACCGCCGCCAUGGAAACAUUAGUGCAGCGCCUGGAGCAGGCUGUGAUUCGCCUGGAGCAGGUUUCCGUCAACAUUCAGGCGUCCAAUAGCAUGACUAACGGCGACUGUAACGGCAUCAACGGAGGUGCGUCCCAGUGUAUGGAGGCCUUCGACCUGUUGCUGAUGGGGCCAGUGGCAGAGUACCUGAAGAAUAGUCACACCAUAGGAGAAGAUGUGGAGAAGCAUGCGGAGAUGGUGAACAGUGCCCUGCAGCUUCAGAGAAGCUUUCUCCAAAUGGUCACCACACACCAGGAGCCUGCCCAGAAGGAGCUUGCUGACCUGCUGAAGCCUAUCUCAGAGAAGAUCCUGGAGAUUCAGACCUUCCGGGAGCAAAACCGUGGCAGCAGACUGUUCAACCACCUAUCAGCUGUCAGCGAGAGCAUCCCAGCACUGGGCUGGGUCGCCGUGAGCCAGAAGCCAGUUCCCUACGUGAAGGAGAUGAAUGAUGCCGCCAUUUUCUACACCAACAGAGUUCUGAAAGACUAUAAAGACUCAGACAAGCGUCAUGGGGAGUGGGUUCAGUCCUACCUGUCCAUCUGGACUAAGCUUCAGGCCUUCAUCAAACAGCAUCACACUACCGGCCUGGUCUGGAGCAAGACUGGUCCCAUUGCCCCUUCCUCUUUGUUUUCCCCCAACAGUCCCUGUCCCCCACCCCCUCCACCACCCCCUGGGCCCCCACCAGUCUUCACAGACGAAGCCCCACAAGCUGACAGGACCGCGGCCAAGCACUCGGCUCUCUUCGCCCAGCUGAACCAAGGAGAAGCCAUCACUAAAGCGUUGAAGCAUGUCUCAAAGGACCAGAUGACCCACAAGAACCCGGCGCUUCGCUCACAGGGAGGGCAGCAUAAUGCCACCUCAACAAAGAGCCGAAACCCAGGGGGUUCCUCCGCCGGAGCACCACCCCAGAAACGACCCCCCUUGUUGGAGUUGGAGGGGAAGAAAUGGAGGGUGGAGUAUUUUGACCAGGCCCAUGACCUGGUGAUUGGGGAGACGGAGCUGAGACAGGUGGUCUAUGUUUUUGGCUGCAGCAACUCAACUCUACAGAUAAAAGGAAAGAUCAACUCCAUCAUUGUAGAUAACUGUAAAAAGCUUGGUUUGGUGUUUGACAACGUUGUUGGCAUUGUGGAAAUCAUCAACUCAAAAGACAUUCAGUUGCAGGUGACUGGUAGGGUUCCCACCAUCUCCAUCAACAAGACAGAGGGCUGCCAAGUCUACCUGAGUAAGGAUGCUCUGGACUGUGAGAUCGUCAGCGCCAAAAGCUCAGAGAUGAACAUCCUGGUACCACAGGACGACGACUAUAGGGAGUUUCCAGUUCCCGAGCAGUACAAGACGGUUUGGGAUGGGUCCAAACUGGUGACGGAACCCACAGAGAUCGCUGGCUGAUCGCUGAUAAUACAUCCUCCUCGUUUAACCUGUUACCCACAUUUACUUGUCUUCAUCACAAACCCAUGAAGUCUACCACAAGACACGAAACAGCCUGGUACCACAUAAACCAGACACUAUACCCGACUAGCUGGUAGUACUGUAGCUCAGUUGAUUGUUAGCCUGAUUGUAUUAAAUAAGAUCCCAUUUGAUUGUUUCUUCACCACUCGGAAUGUUGUUAUUUAACAGUGGUUUGUUGAAACCGUCACACAGCUCUCUUCUCUACAAAUUGACUUUUCAAAGAAUAAUAUUAAUGGCCACAGGCAGAUUUUGUCAUGAGUAGUUCUAGUUCAAAGUGUCCAUGUUUGGUCGGUAAAGUUGCAUUAAAAUUCAGAGAAAAUGUAUCCCUUUUAAUCUGUAAGAUGCACAAUAAGGCCACAUCCCUCAAACCCAAAUAAGUGUCUGUAUGUCUGCCAUAGCAAUAACAGCAGUUAUGUAGGUUGCAUAGAGCUGUACAUGUACAUAGAGCUGACAAUGAAACCUUGAUAAGACAAACUAUGUAUUACAAUAUAUGAUGCAUUUCUUUCUCUCUUUUUUGGCAUUGUAAUGGUGUUUGGUGCACUCUUAUAGAACUGAAAUGGAAUUGAACAGACGGUUUGAAACAACAGGCCCAGUUAAAUGGAAUUGAGCAGACGGUUUGAAACGCCAUGCCCAGUAAAAUGGAAUUGAGGAAUAUGUUCCACAGAGUGAUGAAGCCUUAGCCUACGAUGCUGUAAUAAUGUCAACAGUUGUUUCAUAUUUACACAGCAUGGUAUUGUUGUAGCAGACAUGGUAUUUUUUUGUUGCUAAAUUAAAUAUUUUUGUAAUUAUAUUGCAUUGAGAGCAGACUAGAUGUCAGGUUUUACUCAAGCAGAUUGAAUUGUUAAAGUGAAAUGUAAGAUAAAAAAGUGAAUAAUCACAAUACCAAGAGUUUAAUUGCAUUUGAAAUGUAGUUUAAGAUAUACAGUAUCUCACAAAAGUGAGUGCACCCCUCACCCCCCUAUAAUCAAAUAUUUGCUAAACUGUGAGGGGUGUACUCACUUUUGUAAGAUACUGUAGCUUGGUUCAUGUGCCUAACACAAAUAUAUGGUUGUAGCAUCGCCACCAUUGUACUGUUCUGUAAUCAGCACUGAAUUUAUACAGUAUACCUUAAUGUGGUUAGUAUACAAGUUAGUCUAAAUACACGUCUGUAACCUUGAAAAUUAAGUUCCUUCAUUUGUUGAAGGCUAUUUGUAUAUGACAGAAAUGUAUUGUCAGUCAAACCAGCAAGUAGAGGGCUUUACACACAUUCUAAUUCAGACCCAGCAGUGAAUUUAGUGUAUGUAAAUGUAUUGUUUUUAAAAAUAAAACCAAAACUUGAA